AUGCAUCGCUGCUUGCUCGGCGUCGUCCUACUGACCCUGCUGGGGCACCGCAACGUAUUCAGCUUCGACGCCUUGCAAGCGUCUGCGCUGAAAAACCUUCGCCGCGAGGAAAAUGAUACCCAACGUCACCACGCCCGCUGCGGCAAUGGAUGUUGCCUUGGACAGUUGUGCCAUCUUCAAGUUGCUCAAGCCCUUGGACCCUGCGUAACCGGCUUCGUUGACGUCGGCGUCGUCAUGGUGGUGGUGGUGAUGGUGGUGAUGAUGGUGAUGGUGGUGAUGACUACGAUGGUGGUGGUGACAAUGGUGGCUGUGGCAGGGGUAGCCGCAGUGGUGCCCAUGCGUCGUCUCCGAGGCAAUGUCCUCGUACACGCUGUCUUCAUCAUCCGCUUCGUCUUCGUACGUGUCGCAAUGAUGGUGAGGACGGCGGUGACCACGGUUGUGACGAUAGUAAUUAUGACCGUGACGACAACGGUGGGUGUGCGACGAGUCGAUUCCAUCGUCAUCGCCGUCGUUGUCUACGUCUGUGUCAUCAUCGUCGCUGUACCAGUGACAAUGACGGCGGUCGCAAUUGCCGCCACAACGGGACGUUCGAUGCUCACGACGAUGGCGCGUGCAAAUGUGGUGUCGACGAUCAAACCCAACGCCAUCGUCAUCUUCCGCGUCCUCGUCAAUGGUCAUGCCCGAGUCGUCUUCAUCGUCUUCGUCCGGCACCCGUCGUUCGCCGUACGCGCGGCGUUUGUGCCCGCAGAAUCCCACGUCCUUGCAAAUAGCCUUGGCGCACGUUUUGCCAGCAUUCAGCUCCUUGAGGAUCGUUGGUACACUGCGUACAAACUUGUGGCAUGCCUUGCGGUAAUGCGGGCAGUGGGGACAGAGCACCUUGACGCCAAUCUUGACUGCCUUCUCGGGAAGCCCAGCAAUGUGGCGCGUUGCGUUCACGUACUUGACGCCGUAGUAGCAGUGGGUGCAGAUGCUGCCAAUACCCUUUGA